GGCUGCGGCGGCGCGCAGGGCGUCACUGAGAGCCCUGGCCUGGGGCGGACAAAGAUGGCGGCGCCCGCGAGCUGACAGAAACCGGAGCGAGAUGUGGCCGCCGGCGUUGCUGCUGCGAGGAGUCUCGGCCGCGGCGGCAAGGGGAAGCACUGCGCUGCGGGGGUGGAGCCGCCUCGGCCCGUGCGUGGCGGCGAGUCCGGGCACUCGUAAGAGCCCUCUCCUUCAAACAGCCAGGAAUUAUGCCAGGCCUACCCAUAAAAAGAAGGAAGAAAUCCCCAGCCAUUUGGAUGACCUGCCUGCCACAAUGCUGCUGAAAGAUUAUGCCAAGGUCCCAGUUAUAAACAAGGUAGACAAUGUUGUGCGAAGGCUGCUGUCUCUGGAAAUGGCAAACCAGAGGGAGAAAGUGAAAAUCAAGAAAGAACAGCUGGCAGAGAAAGUCCGGAAGAGCCCAAAUGACUCUGGCUCCUUCGAGGUUCAAGUUGCACACUUGACAGCCCAGAUCUGCACGCUCCAGGAACAUCUGCAUUUGCAUCCCAAGGACAAGGUCAACCGUCGCAACAUGAUGAUGGCCAAAGACCGACGGAAUAUGCUGCUGAAGUUUCUGCGCAAUCGCCGCUAUGAUGUCUAUGAGAACACAUGCAAGCAGCUGGGCAUUAAGUAUGAGUUCCCUCUGCUGUACCGUCGGAGAGCCACACGGCGCUGGGUUGUCAAGAAAGCCUUGUGCCUCAAGGUCUUCCAAGAGGUACAGAAGCUGAAAGCCCAGGAGAGUCUCAGGAAGCAGCAAGGGUCGCUAAAGAGAGGCAGAGCGGCAGAGCAGCAGGCGUUGCCAGUGGAAGGAACCCCAGUAUAAGCAACGCCUGCUCUGUGUGGGGGGAAGGGGGCUUAUAUGGAGCAACACGUUCUGAAGCUGGUAGCCAAUAAAUGGUUUAACCACCAGCGUUUCCUCUGCUUUCAGAA